GUGCUGCGCUUUUUAUAAUAGUAGAAGAAGAGUGAUACCGCUAAACAUGGUGGCUUCCCUAUAGAGCUAGUAAACUUAUGGAAUAUCAUGAAGAUACAACAUUAUUAAGUCUUUAGCAUUGUUCCCAUGUUAUUACAAUUUACAAGGAUAUUUAGACUGUGCAGCUGUUUCAUCACACAGGUUUCAGAGUUUGAAAGAACCUUGAAGACGAUGUUAAUCACACAGUGAGAGAAGCAAAACAACAUCAUGGAAGUUUCUGGAGACGAGGGGGACACUGAAGCCCCCCAUGCCAUCGAUAUGACCACCAGUGAAAAGGUGGUUGAACUCCUGAACCAGGCUGCUCUCAUAUCCACAGAUGAAAAACUUACCGUGCUCAAACAGGUCCAGGAGCUCAUCACCAACAAGGAUCCUUCUCUUCUUGACAACUUCUUGGAUGAGAUGAUCGCUUUUCAGACCGACAAAUCUAUUGAAGUGAGAAAAUUCGUCAUCGGCUUCAUAGAGGAAGCUUGUAAAAGGGACAGUGAGCUCCUUCUCAGGCUGAUCGCUAAUCUGAACAUGUUGCUGAAGGACGAAAGUGUGAACGUGGUGAAGAAGGCCAUCCUCACUCUCACCCAGCUCUACAAAGUCACUCUGCAGUGGUUGGUGCGAUCUAAAGCAGUGUCAGAGAGGCAGGAAGCAUGCUGGGAUCUGGUCACACAGAUGAAAGGGGAUGUUCUGGCCUUGCUGGACUCUGAAAAUGAUGGAGUGCGCACUCAUGCCAUUAAGUUUACCGAAUCCUUAAUCAUCACUCUUUCACCACGGACAUCAGACUCUGACAUCCCCAAGCGACAGGAGGGAGACAUCAGCCUGGACAAAGUUCCCAAAGAUCACUCGUACAUCCGCUACAAUGUUUUGUGUGAGGAGGGAAAGACUGCACUGGAGAGGCUGCUGAAGUUUAUGGUUCACCCGGCCAUCUCCAGCAUCAACCUCACCACAGCACUUGGCUCCCUGGCUACAAUCGCCCGUCAGAGGCCGAUGUUCAUGUCCGAAGUGGUGCAAGCAUACGAGAUGCUGCAUGCAAACCUGCCGCCCACCCUUGCAAAGUCUCAGGUCAGCAGCGUGCGAAAGAAUCUGAAGCUGCACUUAGUGGCGGUCCUGAAGCAUCCCUGCAGCCUGGAGUUCCAGGGUCAGAUCAGCACUCUGCUACUUGAUCUGGGAAUGCCCCAGAGUGAAAUAACACGAUCAACACCUGCACCCCGUGAGCAGCGCAAAAGGCCGCGCCAUGAACAAUACAAAGAGGGGAAAAAGGUCAAGAUGGAGCCUGCCCUGAUUGAAGAUGAUGAGGACAAAGAGGAGCCGGCCCCUCUCUCUGUUCCCAAACCAGCCCCUGCUCCAGUCGCUCAGUCUGCCAUCGACCUCACAGCAGAGUUCCUGCACCCACUGCUCAACGCUGAGAACGUUGCCAACCUGGUGCUCAUCAGCAUGGUGUACCUGCCUGAUGUCAUGCCAGCAUCCUUCCAGGCCACAUACACACCUGUAGAGUCAGCCGGCACUGAUGCUCAAAUCAAACAUCUGGCUCGCCUGAUGGCGACACAGAUGACAGCUGCUGGGAUCGGUCCAGGACUUGAGCAGUGCAAAGCCAGAGAAGACGAAGCAGGCAAAGAGGGAGGCAACGAAGAGGAAUCCAUUGGUAAAGAUCUGCUGAUCAAGCGUAAGAACCUGGCAAUGGUGGGACAGGCCAUCUCUGUGGUGGGAGGUUACCAGGAAAAGGCUCCGGCUCAGGAAGCUCCCGCUACAGUCAAGAGGCUCCCUGAACCCAUCCUCCCUACGACACAGCCAAAAGUAGCAGGAUCGAGUGGGAGGAAAAAAGUGUUCCGACUGUCAGAUGUGGUCCAGCCUUUGUCAGAAACCCAGAUUGAAAAGUUGACCUCCAAAGCAGUGGAACGCAUCCUGCAUUCAGAGAAGGCCAUCGCUCAGAGCGGCAUGUCACAUGUCAGAGUGAAGCUCCUCUCCAGGCUCGUCACACAGUUUGAAGGGAUGAUGAAAGAAGAUGUACUGGGAUUCAUUCUGGAUGACAUCAGGACCAGGAGCGACCUGGCCUUUUCCCUCCUCUACCAAGAGUACAACACUUACCUCAGCCAGCUACCGUCUGGACUUCUGGACAGCUAUGACCACUGUCUCUACACGCUGCUGUCGGGCCUGCAGGAGAAACCGGAGCAGAGAGACGGACUUUUCACCAAACUGGUCCUGGAGGCUCCCAUCAUAACAGAAUCAGCGUUGGAGGUGAUACGACGUUACUGUGAAGACGAGUCCCGGGUGUAUCUGGGCAUGACGACUCUGAAGGAGCUCAUCGUCAAACGUCCCUCGAGGCAGUUUCAGUAUCUUCACGUACUUCUGGAUCUCAGCUCACAUGAAAAAGAGAAGGUGCGGACCACCGCUCUGGCUUUUCUGAAGCGCAUGUAUGAGAAGGACCAGCUUAGAGACUACAUUGAGAAGUUUGCUCUGAACUACAUGCAGCUUCUGGUCCACCCCAACCCUCCGUCUCUGCUCUUCGGCGCUGACAAAGACACAGAGGUGGCCGCCCCCUGGACUGAAGAGACGGUGAGACAGUGUCUGUUCCUCUACUUGUCCCUCCUGCCUCUGAACCACCGGCUGGUCCACGAGUUGGCUUCUGUCUACACCGAGGCCAUCGCUGACAUCAAGCGCAGCGUGCUACGAGCGAUAGAGCAGCCUAUUCGUGGGAUGGGGAUGAAUUCUCCUGAGCUGCUGCUGUUGGUUGAAAACUGUCCUAAAGGAGCAGAGACGUUGGUUACUCGGUGUCUGCACAUUUUAACAGAUAAAGUGCCUCCGUCUCCUGAGCUGGUGGAGAGGGUCAGAGACCUCUACCACAAACGGGUUCCUGAUGUUCGUUUCCUCAUUCCAGUCAUAAACGGUUUAGAAAAGAACGAAGUCAUCCAGGCUCUGCCCAAGCUCAUCAAACUCAACCCCAUCGUGGUGAAGGAGGUUUUCAACCGUCUGCUGGGCACUCAGCACAGUGAGGGCAGUUCAUCCGUGUCCCCUCUCACACCAGGAGACCUGCUGAUCUCCUUACACAACAUCGACUCCACCAAAUGUGACAUGAAGUCCAUCAUAAAAGCUACUAACCUGUGCUUUGGAGAGAAGAACGUUUACACCUCAGAGGUUUUGGCGGUGGUGAUGCAGCAGCUGAUGGAGCAGAGUCCCCUCCCCAUGCUGCUCAUGCGUACUGUCAUCCAGUCCCUUACGAUGUACCCUCGACUGGGAGGCUUCGUCAUGAACAUCCUGUCCCGCCUCAUCGUCAAGCAGGUGUGGAAGUAUCCCAAGGUGUGGGAGGGAUUUGUGAAAUGCUGCCAGAGGACAAAGCCUCAGUCAUACAGCGUGCUCCUCCAGCUGCCUCCUGCACAGCUGACAAGCGUGUUUGAGCGCUGCCCAGAGAUGAGAGAGCCUCUUCUUCAGCACGUCCAGUCCUUCACACCUCAUCAGCAAGCUCACAUCCCUACCUCAAUCAUGACGGUCCUGGAAGCAAAUAAGAAACCAGAACCACAGCCUGUAGAGCCCGUGGAGGAGAAAGAGGUAGAACCAGUUCCUGUCCCCGUUGAGGAAGAAGCUCCCAGUGCAGCACUGAAAGGGCCGGAUACGCCAGAACAGCAACACCAUGCAGUCAUGAACGAGGAGGAGGAACCAAUGGAGCAACAAGAGUCUGAACCCGUGAUUCAGGAUGAAACUGUUGACGCUGUUUCAGAGGAGGAACUUUCCAGAGCAGAGAGGACGCCAUCACCUCAACCAGAGCCAGAGGAGAAACCGAUGGAGACGUCUCAGUCUGAACCCUCAGACCUCCAGGAGACAGAAAAAGAUGUAGAAGCCGACACUACUGAACCCGAGGCUGGAAGCGGGAGUGAAGACGCAGAAUGAUGACUUGAAAUUAAAUGAACAUUUCUUUCUCCUCUGAAAACAUCCCACAGAUUUCCCAAGAUUUAUUUCAAUGUUUCUCUUCUCUUUUUUGUAUUUGUAGGAAACAGAUUGUGAGGAAAAAAUAUCCAUGUUUGUUGAAAGCAAUCCGCAGGCGUUCACGUCGGGAUGUGUUGGAAAAUAAAUAAUCAAAAUGUUG